CUGUCGCUGAAGUCUUCAUGGCUACACUCCUGCUGCACUAUCCUAUUAUGCUACGCUUGUGCGAAGCUGGACCGCUUGGCGUGAAGAUGCGGGAAGCGAUGGCUGCAUACGCUAUCGGGGAAUCCGAGGUGCUGGCGUGGAGCUCGUGUAUCCGCCGAUCGCUCAUGCCGCCUCCAGAGCUGAGGCCAUCGUCGCCAAGACCAGCCGGAGAGAGCACAGAUCAGAUUACAGCAGUACAUGUGCAACAGCAAACAGAGAAGAUAUGAUUGCUUAUUCUACAAAACAAA